GUGGUGGAAUUUCUACAAACAAAAUCUUCCCAAAAUUCAAAAGACCACAACUAUUUGACGAGCUCGCUCCCGGGUGGUGUGCGUGUGUGGACUCGUGUGUCUGAGUGUGUGUGUCGCACCACCAUGCCGAGGUCUUUCCUGGUGAAAAAGGUGAAACUGGAUGAUUUCUCCACCGGGGACGAUUUGGAGAGCGCCUACCGGCCCAGGACGGAGCUCAGCCUGCGGCUACACGACAAAGCCGGCUACAUCAGCGACUACAUCAGCCCGUCGGUGUACGAUGGCGAGAGCGACGGGGGGAUUAAGGCGCCCUCGCCGGACCCCCUCUACGACGGCAUUCACAGCGACUACGGAGCGCCGGACUCGGAGUCUCCCGACAGCCCGGGCUCCGAGCUCACCGACGGCUACAUCAACGGCGACGCGGCGGUCAGCGACGGCUACUCGGUGGACGCCUUUUACAUCACGGACGGCCGCUCGAGGAGGAAAGCCAUGGGGAGCCCUCGCACCAUCCAGAGGCACACGUGCAACGAGUGCGGCAAGACCUACGCCACGUCGUCCAACCUGAGCCGGCACAAACAGACGCACCGCUCGCUGGACAGCAAGCUGGCCAAAAAAUGUCCCACCUGCGGCAAGGUGUACGUGUCCAUGCCCGCCAUGGCCAUGCACCUGCUCACGCACGACCUCAAACACAAGUGCGACGUGUGCGGCAAAGCCUUCAGCCGGCCGUGGCUCUUGCAGGGCCACAUGCGCUCGCACACGGGCGAGAAGCCCUUCGGGUGCGCCCACUGCGGGAAAGCCUUCGCAGACCGCUCGAACCUGCGCGCUCACAUGCAGACGCACUCGGCCUUCAAGCACUUCAAGUGCAAACGCUGCAACAAGACCUUCGCGCUCAAGAGUUACCUGAACAAGCACUACGAGUCCGCUUGCUUCAAAGGCCCCUUCUCUCCUCUCGGGCCCCUGGAUGCAUGACCCCUCAAAUCCACUUGCAAAAAAACAAAACAAAACAAAACAAAACUGCAAACCUAAAUCGCCAUUAUUCUUACAAACUGACACAAACGAUCUAUUUUUUGUUCUGACCUCACUUUCUCUUCCAUGCUCACAUUCUGCACCUCGCUUUCCCCCUGCAGCCAAUUAACGGCGAUGACGAUAGCACAAUUUUUCUCCUGGAGAUGAAGGACUGAAACCGUUUUACGCAUGCACUUCCCGACAAAGAAAAACGGUUCACUUCUUCUUCCUGUUCUGGAUCGAGACAAUGAAAACACAAACAUGGCUUCUGUCUGGCAUUAAGACACGGUACUGACUUAUACAAGGAUGAUGGUGCCAAUGGCAAGCCAACGGCUGCUGGGUUCCUCUCGGCACUACAACGUAGAAAAAGAGUUUUCCCCUUUGCUUUUGGAGGAAUAACAGUAAGAAUUAUAGUAAUAACAAUGAUAAUAAUAAUAAUAAUAAUAAUAAUAAUAAUAACAAUGUUCUUCUACACCAAGUGACCAUAUUCUCUACACUACUAAGCUAGAAAAAAAGGUUAUUUAUUUAUUUAUGUAUUUAUUUAUUUUCAUUUUUUCAGUUGCACUUAAUUUUUUACAUUUUAUUUCCUUUUUCUACCACUACAGGCCAAAGCAUAUGCCACUUUUAAGUGAUAUUUCUUUUGUUAUGUUGUUAAUUUUAUUUAGUUUUAUAUAAAUGUUAUUUGCAUGCAAAAAAUAAUAAUAAUCUAUGCCAACGUCAAACAAAGUUUGGGAUUAUAUUUGGGUUUUUCUUUUGGCCAAAAUUCUAUAGAUGAGGGCAAUAUUUUUCUCUUGGAGCCUCCGUAGUACUUUUUUCAAAGCAAUAAUCACACUAAUGCAUGGUAUUUUAUGAUGAACUUACGAAGUAUUACCUACUACUGUAUAGCAGUUUUAAAAAUCAGGUAUGUUUUACUUCACCUAUAGUCAUAAACAGAAAAAGAAACAUAUUGCAGACAUCAGGGAACAUGCCAAUGUAGUGUUAGCGAAACAAAAAAGAAACAAAAAGUCUUUCCUCUCUUGUUAUGCACUGCCUGCCUCUUAGUGAGUAGAACUAAUGUAGGAUUCGGGUGAAAGGAGCUGGGAUCAGCGGCUUGCUGGCUUUGACGCCUGUUGUCACUGCAGUCCCGGACAAACAAAUGUUUAACACCCCUCUUGAAAAAUUGGAGAAAAAAGACUGGAGUGGCGCAGUGACGUGCAGGUGCAUCCACCUGAAGUGAAGGCCGAUGCAUGCUAACACUGAAGUUGCGCUGCGGUCAACUUUAAAUGCAAUGCAUUAUUCAACCGCACAUAAAGCGUGCAUUCUUAGACCGCGGAAAAAGGGUGCACUUAUGGCUGGAUGGCCUGGCACCUUCACGGUUAUAACGUCCCCAUUAUACAUUAGACCGGGCUAUUCUGCAGCAGGCUCCAUUCAUUCCUACUGAGCCAACCAAUAGGAUUAACCCACAAGUCAUAUAAGGGCCCUGAACAAUACAUGAUGGGAGUGUUGAUCCAUAUGGCUGAUAGCCGUGCGGCUGAACCCAGCUCUCUGAGCCCAAAAAACAUCCGCUGUAGAUUCCUGGAGCUUCCCUGGAGACACACUGAGGACACACAUAGCUGCACAAAAAACAUUAGCGCUUGGGAACGACGAUUUGUGUUAUGUAACCUUGCCAAGAUGCACGCACACACACAUACUCAAAGCGACACGGAGAAAACAUCUGCGCUGUCUGAUUAAACUCCACGCCCCAGUCAAGCUUCCAACAAUUGGAAAUAAUAGGUUUAAUAUGAACAAGUGCUUCUCUUACAAAGGACUCGUGUUAAUUGCGGCAGUUCCUCAGGCGUGUGUAACCUUUAUUUAAUCACACUUCCGAGAUGAAGAUCCCGAGUUUAAUAAGGAGAUUAAUCAAUUAGUGAUUCGCCUAUCAGUACGCAUUAUUUUAGGGUUAUAAGGAUAAAAGAAGAGUUUGCACUGAACAUGCACUUAUGCCCUACUUUUACCUUCAUCUCAGAUAUAAACUAACAGACAAACACUUCUGAGAGUGUUGUGAAGGCAGCAGUUUUGGACAAAGCUGUUACGUUGCAGCAGUCGAUCUAAGCGUGAGCUCUUUGAAAAAUGAGCCUCAAAAGCGGAAGUUGGUCUAUUUUUAACCAGGAUUUUUUUUUUUUUUUUUUUUUUUUUUAAAUAGUGAAGUAAAACAUAAAAAGAAAAUAGCACAAAAGCAACAGCGAUGACGAUAAGGUUGGAAUAUUUAUCAACUGUGAAAUCAAUGCAAUACCAUAAAGGAGCUUAAUAGCAGAUAUGAAGUUAGAGAAGUAAGUAAAGAAAGUGUGCAGGAAUAAUUAGAAUGGAAUUCAGCAGAGUGUAGACCUCAGCCAUGGCCCAAAGGUUCCACUCCAGUCCUGAGGUGGCAGUCAUGAGCAUUACAAAAACACACAAAAAAAGGUGAUUAUUGCGUUGUGCAAUUUACAUUUGGAAAGGUAACAAAUAUCCUGAAAAAGCCCUGAAAAUGUCACAGUAUUUUCAAUAGACUAUCAAGUUGGACUCCCAAAUUCCCACUUGUUCGCUCUGCCGCCAGGUUCUGUGCCGUGCGCGUACUUACGACCAACAACGAGGCACUCCAAAGCAGCCACGCCAGCCUGAAGUCCACUCGCGGGCUUGCCAAGUCAAUUCGCUCAUCUGUUUUUCCUCCACGUGACGUGCACGCACUCACGGCCGACAACGGGGCGCUCUAGAGCAGCCAAGCCAGCAGACUAUCCGAAGGGAAGGUGUAUUUUCGGGGUGUUGGCAUAGCUAGCUCGCUAACUGCACGUCGCAAUUGCUCCGAAUAACCGCUGAUGCGAACAAAGGCGUUCAAGUUCUUAUAUAACGGGGGAGGUGUGUUUAGCCACACCCCUCCAAAAAUCAGGACAACUGAAAUGGUGAAAAACAGUUUAAUCACGCUCUGUCUCCACAUUUAAGUACGACAUACUGUAGUUCUCAGUCUCCAUCAAUUACCUUCAACCAUUUAUAAUGUAUUAAUCCUUGUGUUUGAUCGCAAUGACAGCAUUGGUUGCAGUUGUGCGUCUCCAUGUGAGCUCCAGAUCUUUUGCUCUCCAAGCACUUCCAUUCUAAUCAUGUCCACCUUCAAAGAAAGUAGCACAAUGAAACUAACUAGAAUUCAGGUAGAGAAGAAUUGAAAACUUGUACUAGCUUGACCUCUCUUCUUUUUUUCUUUUUUUGUAUUUCCGAGCUGAAGGGCGCAACGUUGACCGAACUAAUCACUUAUUGGACGAUGGUUUGUAAAAGGACUGAGGCGUUUUUACCGCUGUACAGUGAUAUAUGACACACUUUAUCUCGGGGGGAUUCUGGGCUCUCUGGUGCAGAGGGAGGAUCUCCUGGGUCUUUUGAGCCAGUAUUUAGACAAUGUAAGCACAAUGAACACAAAGCAUUUUGUGGCACUUCAUAAUAAAGAACUAU